AUGCCAAAGGUCAAAGCGUGUUUUGAGACUCGAUUUGGGAACCAUCACGAGAGUCAGGAAGUCGACUGGCUGUCCGAUGUGUACCUGAAGCCGCUUCCCGACACCACUGCGCCAAAGGUCAUGAAGGCCAUUGACAAGAUGAUUGUCAUGGGUAGCAAGAUGGACGGAAACCUCCUGAAGGCUGCAGCUGAGGCGCAUCACAAGGCCAUCGGAAGCAUCGAUGGGAAGGGAGUGACGUCUGCUGCAGACUAUGAGGCUGUGAACGCAGCUAUUGGACGUAUUGUUGCCUCGGUGCCAAAAGCGACUGUGAUGGAUGUCUACAACUCCAUGGCAAGCAUUACGGAUGGACAGGUCACCAACAACAUGUUCUCAAAGGUGAACCCACUUGAUGCACUUGCUGCGGCCAAGGGCUUCUACACCUUCAAGGAUGCCGUUGAGGUUUCAUGGUCCAGCGCUUCGUUGGUGAUAUCAAGAUCUGAUGUGUGCUUCGGCAUUUGGUUCAAGGUUUUGGACCCUAGUGACCCAGGCACAGUUCUUAUUUUCCCUACCAUCAUGGCACGUUCUGCGUGGAAGGCGUUGACAGUGGCGGCUGCGGUCGUGGCCGUCUGCAACGUUUGCAGCUUGACUUUUGUGCCUGGGCCACUACGUAAAGCUGCUCCUGUCGCAGCAGCAUCGGCUGCCGGCAUGAUGCUGGCUCCAGCGGCCUUUGCAGAUGAGAUCGGAGACGCGGCCAAGAAACUUGGUGAUGCCUCCUAUGCCUUCGCAAAGGAGGUUGACUGGAACAACGGAAUCUUCUUGCAAGCUCCAGGAAAGUUUCAGCCUUUGAAGGCUCUCAAGGCCAUUGACAAGAUGAUUGAAAUGGGAGCAGCAGCAGACCCUAAGCUCUUGAAGGCAGCGGCUGAGGCUCACCACAAAGCCAUUGGCAGCAUCAGCGGUCCCAAUGGUGUGACUUCCCGCGCUGACUGGGACGCAGUGAACGCCGCACUUGGCCGCGUUGUGGCCUCCGUGCCAAAGGAAAAGGUCAUGGCUGUGUACAACUCAGUGAAAGACAUCACUGACCCCAAGGUUCCUGCUUACAUGAAGUCCUUGGUCAACGGCGCAGAUGCUGAGAAGGCAUACCAGGGAUUUUUGGACUUCAAGGAUGCAGUGGCCUCA